CAACAGCCUCCAAAGCGCGCACAGUCCAUUCUGGCCAUGAAUUUGAAACUUUAUGUAAUUUAGCUGAACAGACGCGUGCAAUAGCAAGUUUUUGAAAAUAACAGUAGGCUAAUUCCUAUUUAUGCUGCAUUUGCAAGUCUUGGUUUGGGACUGAGACGUUUUUGGUGAUGGGCAUGGCUGUACUCUGGGGCUCCCCGGUGAAUUUUCUUCAUGUCUGGCUUACCCUGGUGAUCUGCGGCCAGUGUGCUUUGGCUUUUUCGGUCGCUGGACAACAGGAGACAACAUGUGAGGCGAACGGCAGCGUUUAUUAUGAGGGCGAAUGGUAUUUUUUAGACUCGGAUCAUUGCACCCAGUGCGAAUGUACAGCAGCAGGGUCUGCUUGCGCGCGGACUGAGUGCACAUCCCUGCCUGCCGCCUGCAUCCAUGUCAGCCAUUACCCGACAGACUGCUGCCCGAGAUGCGAGAAGAUCGGCUGCGAGUACGGGGGAGAAGUCUACGAACUGGGCCAACAAUUUCAGCCGUCAGCAUGUGAGCAGUGCACCUGUCACAGCGACGGCAUCGCCCGCUGUCAGGUAGCAGACUGUGCCCCUCCACCAUGUGUUAAUCCAGUCUAUCAGACAGGGAAAUGCUGCCCUCAGUGCAAGGAUGGGCCCAACUGUUAUGUGAAUGCUUCUAGGACCCAAGUGAUCCCUGGAGGAGAGCCAGUGUGGGUCGACUCCUGUACCAAAUGUCGAUGUCAUGACGGUCAGGAUGCAGGUUAUUGGGAAGGCAACCGCUUAGCAACGUGUUCCCAUGUGCGCAACUGCCAGCCUGACGAGGGGCUAAACUGAGGGAAGAGGUCAAAAAUAGGGUCAUCUGACAUCCAUAUUUAUACAAUGGAUGACAAAAUUCAGCAGAUAUUUAAACCACACUUGUGGAAGAAAGUGUGGAGGCUAUUUUAAUCAUAUAAAGCCUACAAGCUUUAUAUCAUUAAAAAAACAGUCUAUUAUUAUUAUUAUGAUAACUAAGCAUUUAACAUCCAUUCGUUAAAGUAAAAUGAGUUGGUAAAAAAUUGGUUUGACUUACUAAGGGAUAUUCCCUAAUGAAAUGGAUAAUAGAGCUUAGUUUUGAGACACCUUUUUGGGCAUGGUUAUAAAUAGCACAGUGAGCAUAUUAGCAUCUACAGUACAACUGUGUUUAGAUCAAUGUUGACAUUGGGCUCUGUGUAGUGCACACUUGCACCUGCAGAUAGGGAUGGGUGUAUCGAUCCUGAAAUAUCAAUACUGAUGCGAGUAUCGAAAGUAUUGAUACUCAAAUAAAAAAUAAUGAUACUAAGGUGUUUUAUUUACCAGUGAUUUUGUUUAUUUAACAAAGACAUUAAUGCAUACAAUAUGCAUUGAAUUGGACGAAUACCUAGUGUUAGUUAAUAAUUGUGUAGGACAGAACUAUUUUCCUGCUCAUCUGAACACACGCAAAUGUUGCAAGACAGAACCAAUCAAUCACAGGGAGCGUUCACUCACUUCUGACAGUGCAUUCAAACAGGGCUGCGUUUCAAAAGUAUAAUAAGAAACCAUUGAUGCUUUUGGGAAUGGCAGCCCAGAACAAUGAGGACAGAAAAAAAAUAUAUGUUAGAGUUAUUUCACAGUAAACCAAUUGAAAUUGUAGCCCAUAUAGUUUGUGCAAUUACAUUUAUUUAAAUUGAACGUUAAAAGUUCAUAUUGAUCAUGUUCUA